UUUAUAGGCCUCCCACCACCUCCGACUCCUGAGGUCAGAGUUCUUGUUGCCAGCCUGGGGUUCGGAGAGCAGAGGUCCAAGUGGCUGCGGAACCCAGAGUCAGGCCCUACCUAGGGCUUGGUGCCAGGCUCAGCUCGCCCCUCGGGUCAUCGGUGAACCAGUACACUCGGCGGGGGUUGCCUCCUGGAGCAGGUCCUGGCCUGUCUGCGGACUGACCGGACUGGCCUGCCGUGCGACAGGCCGCCUCUGAGAUCCAGAUCUGCUCCCAGACAGCCCCACCUCCAUCAGCGUCACCGCCUCCAGGAGCCGGAGCUGGUUCUCGAAGCACUGCUGGAGGAUGUGCCCAGGGUAGAGAACUCCCUGCCAUUCCCGGAGCCCGUGGCAAAGUUGGUGUUAGUGGCGGUGGCCUGGGCAGGAGACUCCAGCUGGCGGCGUGACCCGGGGCCCCGGUGGACACCAGGAUGCCACACUCCAACAAGUCGUCUGAGCUCUCCCCGGGAGGCUCCUCCAACACGUCCUGGGUGCCCUGGGCCGCACCGAGCACGGUCCACAGCCUCCAGAUCUCGCUGGCCGUGGUUCUGUCGACCAUCACCCUGGCCACUGGGCUUGCCAAUGUCUUCGUGAUCCUCGCCAUCGCCCGGACCCAGAAGCUGCACACGCCCGCCAACUAUCUCAUUGGCUCGCUGGCCCUGACAGACCUGCUGGUGGCCAUCCUGGUCAUGCCGAUCAGCAUCGCCUACACUGUCAGUCGCCGCUGGGCCUACGGGCAGGUCCUGUGCGACGUAUGGCUGUUUUCAGACAUCACGUGCUGCACCGCUUCCAUCUUGCACCUGUGUGCCAUCGCGCUGGACCGUUACUGGGCAGUCACCGACGCCCUAGCCUAUAGCCGGCGUCGUACGGCCGGCCGGGCGGCUGCCAUGAUCGCUGCCGUGUGGCUCCUAUCAGUCUGCAUCUCCCUGCCCCCGCUCUUCUGGAGGCAGGCCAGGGCCACGGCUGAGCUGGCCGACUGCACGGUCAACACGGACCAGCUCUCCUACACCAUCUACUCCACCUGUGGCGCCUUCUACCUGCCCUCGGCGCUGCUGCUGGCCUUGUACGGCCGCAUCUACGCGGCCGCCCGCAGCCGGGUCCUGCGGCCAUCCGCCUUGGCGGGGAAGCGCUUCACCACAGCCCAGCUCAUCGCCAGCUCGUCCGGCUCAUCCCCGUGCACCCUCGGAGCUGGCAUUCCCACUGGCCGGCCCGGCCCCACCCGCCCGGUCAGAGUCCGGCUGGCCGGCCGGGGUAGGAGAGGCUUGUCGUCCGCCCGGGAGCGGAGAGCCACCAAGACCCUGGGCAUCAUCCUGGGUGCCUUCAUCGGCUGCUGGCUGCCCUUCUUCGUGGCCUCGCUGGUCCUGCCCCUCUGCCAGGGAGCCUGCCCGCUGCCCCCUGCUCUCUUCGACUUCUUCACCUGGCUCGGCUAUCUCAACUCCCUCAUCAAUCCUGUCGUCUACACAGCCUUCAAUGAGGAGUUCCGGCAGGCAUUCCAGAAACUCGUCCGAUUUCGGAAAUGGGCCUAGCCCUGCCUCUGACCCCGCCCUACUGUGAUCACUCUUUGUCUGCCCUCUCUCCUGUGAGACUGGGCUUGGGGGAAAAGGAGUCUGCCCCGUGGGUGGUCUCGGGGUCCCUGAUGCAGUGAUGCAGUUGACUGUGGUUAAGUAAACCCAAACCAUUCCUUUCCCUCACCUAGCUGGACAACCCCCUGGCCCACGGGGGAAGACUCGGAGGCCUUUGCCCGCAAAAGGCCGGGAAGCUCUGAGGGUGAAGGGUUUCCUUUCUCUGCGCCCUGGAGGGGAUCCCAAGAGCACAGGCAAGUCACACAGAGAGGGCCAGGCCCAAAGGGGAGUUUUGCUAGAAGACCCUGGAAAUGGGGCUCCCAGCUGGGUCGUGCUAGAAGAAAGUAAGUCCUGGGGACAGGCCUUUGAAUCCGGGAUGGGGUUGGAGCAGUGGAGGAGCCAGACAUGUUGGAGUCCUACCUCAUUCCACCCUCCCCGCACCCGGACUGCCCCCUUCCUCAGUGACUACUAACAGGUUUUAGGGAAUGGUGGGGUGAUGGAUGAUGAGCAGGAGGUGAGCCUCCAGCCACAGUUUGGACACAGGUUCACCAUUUGCAACUGGUGUGUGUUUGUGGGGGGUUGGCCAAUAAAUACGGGAGCAGCUGGAAUGGGGC